UCCUGAGCUUGAUCGCCCCCCUUUGCUAGCCCAGCCCAGCCUAGCUAGCUAGCUAGCUAGGUAUAGCCAAUUGGAAGUGUACGCACGCAGCACUCAUGGAAGCGGUGGUGGCGAGGCUGGCCUCGGAGAGCGCGGUGGUGGUGUUCAGCGUGAGCUCUUGCGGCAUGUGCCACGCCGUGAAGCGGCUCCUCCGCGGGCUGGGCGCCAGCCCCGCGGUGCACGAGCUCGAUGAGGACCCCCGCGGCGGAGAGAUUGAGCGCGCGCUCGCCGGCAUCGGCGCCGGUCGCCGGAGCGGCCACGGCGGCGGACCCGCGCCCGUCGUGCCGGCCGUGUUCAUCGGCGGCGCCUACGUCGGGCCCAUGGAGGCGGUCAUGUCGCUCCACCUCGCCGGCCAGCUCGUGCCGAUGCUCCGUUCUGCCGGGGCGAUCUGGCUAUGAUAUGAUCGACAUCGAAUUUAAUCUUUGUAGAAUCUACAUAGGGUCGAUCAGCUAACACUUGUUCAUCAAUAAUUAAUCAUCAUGACCCUAAUAAUCCUGAUUGCCCACAUAGUGCUGGAAUAUAUGUUUGCACCAAAUUAAACUCGGUCCGUGGCAGAUCAUACCUCGUUAGAAUCAUCAG